UCUUUGCUACUAGGCUGAAGCGUACCCGGUUAUUUUAAGACGCUUUGCUCUGUCUGCCGGCUGCACAGAAUUAAAACCCGCGCUAUAAAAAGACUAUCACACGAAUAAACCUCGCGUGGACUACUGAACAAAACAAGACGUCAAAGUCGAGGCCGUGUGCGACAAUGUUGUUCAGAUUCGGAGUCAUUCUCACGCCGGAGUCCGCGGACGUGGAGCUGCUGAUUUUGGGCUCGCGAGAGGAAAUGGGCCACUGGGACCUGAGCAGAGCGGUGCUCAUGAAAACCUCACAGAAGCUUCUGUCGUGCCACGAACCGAGUCUGUGGACCUGCGACGUGCAGCUGGCAGAGCCAUGCCGAGACCCACUGUGGUUUAAGUUCAUCAAGAGAGUCCGAGGUUCUUACGUGUGGGAAGGUAGCGGUCCAAGCCAUGACCGGUGCUGUGUGUAUGAUAAGAGGAACAUGGUAGACGGAGUGCACUGCCACCCAAUCGGUCACUGGAUAGAGGAAACGGGACACACGGAUGAGAUGAAACACACCACCAGCUUUUACUUCAAUGUGGCUGGUCAGAAGGCCAUGCACUUUUCCAGGGUGCUUCCAUGCAUUUGGCUUGGCAGCUGUCCUCGACAGGUGGAACAUGUGACGAUCAAGAUGAAGCAUGAACUGGGCAUCACUGCAGUGAUGAACUUCCAAACAGAGUCAGACUUGGUGAACAACUCCUAUGGCUGCAGACGCAACCCUGGGGAAGCCAUGACCCCAGAGACCAUGAUGCAUUUGUACAAAGACUGUGGCAUUGUGUAUGUGUGGCUGCCGACACCUGACAUGAGCACCGAGGGUCGCAUUAGGAUGCUUCCCCAGGCUGUAUUCCUGCUUCACGGUCUCUUGGCGAAUGGCCACUCAGUCUAUGUUCACUGUAAUGCUGGAGUGGGCAGGUCGACAGCUGCUGUGUGUGGCCUGCUCAUGUACGUCCUCGGCUGGAGUCUGAGGAAGGUGCAGUACUUCGUCACCGUCAGGAGGCCAGUUGUGUACAUAGAUGAGGAGGCUUUAGUCCGGGCCCAGGCAGACUUUGUCCAAAAGUUUGGACAACUGAGACCAUCCUUCUCUUACCUAGAGACAUGAGUUUUCGUUGUGAAGAAAAACUCUUGCUGGACUUGGAAGUGAAUAUAUAAGUAUGUAAAUGACUGACAUCAGCAACUUGGCUUUUGAAAUCUAAUUGAUCCCCACUAAUGCAUGGAGAUUUCUACUGUUGAGCAAUUAAUAGUACUGUGAUAUUUGGCUUUAAUCUACAGGAAUUACUUCCCUGUCUAAUGAUGCACUGAGGACAAUAUUAGCAUUUCUCAGUAAAUGUCCACAGGGGAAUUGGGAUUGCAAUGGCAUUUUCUUUCAGCCGUUUUUGUAAUAAUCAAUGAACGGUGUUGACAUUU